UCGGUGUUUGUCCGCCUCUACUAAACUGAAUGGACAUGAAAACAAAAAAGUAAUAGUUAAGAAAAAGUAAUACUCUGCCAGUUUCACUCUAUUAUAGUGAAAAAGCUUAAUAAAGACGCCCACAUAGAGUAUAAACAAUUAGAAGAGGGGCAAACAAAAAUGGACAUCUCAAAAGCACCAAACCCACGGAAACUACAAUUAUGUCGCACCUACUUAAUGACUGGCUUUGCCUUCCUGCCGUUCGUUUGGGCCAUAAAUGUUUGCUGGUUCUUCGAUGAAGCUUUCCGUAAACCUCCAUAUCCCGAGCAGAGUCAAAUAAAGCGCUAUGUUAUAUACUCGGCGAUUGGAACCCUUCUGUGGUUAAUAGCCUUGACUACCUGGAUCAUCAUAUUCCAAACGAAUCGAGCAGCUUGGGGCGCAACUGCAGACUAUAUGAGCUUUAUAAUACCACUUGGCAGCCCUUAAUGUACAUACUAUAUACAAAUAUUUAGACUCUAGUAUUAUAUUAACUCAUGAUAUUAAAGAAAGACAUGUCUUGGACAAGCUCAAAGACCCACUAAUAAAAAUAACAAUUUCUAUACAAAA